UUUUCUUCACGCCACGGCGUUAGAUAACGUUAGCUUACUGGCUAACGUAGAGUUAGCAAAACAAGCUAACGCUAGCGUUACGGUUACAGCGGCCCGCCUGAGUCGUUAGCUCGCUGCCCGCUGCCCAGUGCGUUUUGUUGCCUGAAAUGCGAUACGGUCAGCGCUUGCCGACCACUUGUUGUUCAGAGCAUGUUCGUACAUUCAGGGCGGUCUGUUAUACUCAUUAUUUCGGUUCAUAUUUAAGUCGGUGUCGCUGAAGGUUUGCCACGUUAGCGCGGUGGUGGCACAGCGGUACAAAUCACUUGGCUGUUGGCGGAGGCUCACUUUGCUAGCUGGGGUGCGCUACCCUCGAUAAAAACACACUUCUCUGGGUUUCCCCCUUUUCUUUACUUAACCUACGUUGGGCGUUUGCAGAGCAGAAACGUCUGAAGAGCGUUACUUUAAAGCGUUAGUCAGUUUGGCUGACUUGGCUUGGCUGGUGUGAUGACCGAUGAACGUUAGCCGGUUGGCGAACAUUCUAGUCGGUUAACGUUAGUGAACGUUGGUGAGCUUUGGCGGACUUCGUAACGGCUCCCUUCGUCGCCCUUUACAUUAAAUAUUAUGACUAUGUUUUACAGUAUAGUGUUAUUUUAAGAACCAUUUGAGGCCAUAUUGAGCGUGAUUUUGUACACGUUAGUUCUGUGGUUGUUAGUUGCCGUUAGGUUAGUGUCUUUUUCUGGCUGGCUGCGAUUUGUAAGGAAUGGUCAGCGAUGGAAAAAUCAUUUUAUAUUACGUAACGAAUUAAAAUAGUAGGUUAUAUAGCAUCCUUAGCUCAAGGUUAUGCACCAUUUACUUUAAAGUGGUUUAUUAGCCAGUCGUCCUCACAUUUUUUCCGUUAGCGAUGGAGCCACUCUAGCCCGCUGCAUCGCAAAGUUGGCUUUAGUAAAAGUUACAGUAAGUUAGCUCCUUUACUCAGUAGGCUCGAUGACCGACUCGAUGGACUGCUACCGAAUCUGCUUAAUGUAGCUAAGCUGCUGUAUUUGAGCUGAAUCUCUUUAAAGAGCGCUGCUCGUCUGUGCAUGUGCCUCUGCGCCAUGUCGUCAUCGUGGUUCGUCGCUUUUCGUCGGGGGGGGGGACGGGACUGCGUGCUUCUGACCAGCUACUGGUCUAACGCCAGACCGCCUGCAGCCCAAUGGGAUGGGUGUCGGUUGAUUUUCUGUUUCCCUAUUGGACGACAAGCGGUCUUCGGAGAGCGCAGUUGGUCGCUGCAAGUGUCAGGCAGAUGGGCUUCCUUCCUCUUUAUAGGGAGCGCUGGGUUUUUAAUACCAGUCGUAUCGUGGGCGCGGCCCAUUGAACAGUGUAACGCUAUAUUCAAUCUGUUCGCUUUAGCGUCGGUGUCAGUUUUAUUUGCACGCCUCUUUCAUUCACAGGCGCCUCGCCGUGACCUUUAUGUGAGGACCGAGACGGAGAGACGCGGGCCAGCGAUUCGGAGCCACCGUUUGCAGCAUCUGUCCUGGAUCUACCCCUGUGUUCCCACUCGAGACAUCUUUUGUCUUCAUUCAGUCUGCCACAGGGGAACAGACUCUCCCUCAAACAGACGUUUUCGACUGCUCUGCUGUAGUUUAGUCUCUUGUAGGUGUCCGUCACGCUGAAUCAUGGAGGCCAUUGCCAAGUAUGAUUUCAAAGCGACUGCAGAUGAUGAGCUAAGUUUUAAACGUGGAGAAGUCCUAAAGGUAUUGAAUGAGGAAUGUGACCAGAACUGGUAUAAGGCAGAGCUGAAUGGCAAAGACGGUUUCAUUCCAAAGAAUUACAUAGAAAUGAAAGCACAUCCGUGGUUCUUCGGGCGGAUUCCUCGGGCCAGAGCGGAGGAGCUGCUGAACAAACAGAGGCACGAUGGAGCUUUCCUUAUUAGAGAGAGCGAGAGCGCACCUGGAGACUUCUCCCUGUCGGUCAAGUUCGGUAAUGAUGUGCAGCACUUUAAGGUGUUGCGUGAUGGAGCAGGGAAAUACUUCCUGUGGGUGGUAAAGUUUAACUCCCUCAACGAACUGGUGGAUUAUCAUCGCACCACCUCCGUCUCUCGAAACCAACAGAUCUUUCUACGAGAUAUUGAGCAGGUGCCUCAGCACCCUACAUACGUGCAGGCCCUGUUUGAUUUUGACCCUCAAGAAGAUGGUGAGCUGGGUUUCCGGCGUGGAGAUUUCAUCCAAGUCUUGGACAACUCCGACCCCAACUGGUGGAAGGGCGCGUGCCAUGGCCAAACAGGAAUGUUCCCACGCAAUUACGUUACACCUGUCAGUCGGAACAUGUAGAAAAGAAAAGAAAAAAGAAAGUCCCUCCCUUCCUACACACAUUUUCAAACAACCCAAAACCCCCACCCCCACCCCAGCCCCCAAACCCUUAACACCCUGUAAUUUGCAGAGUGAAAAGGAGAAAUGGAAACCUUGAAAAUAGAAAGAAGAAAAAUGUGUGGAGAAUGGAUGUCCCAUCUCUUCGGUGACAUCUGGGUGAUAUCAACGCUGAUUCCUGAGAAUAUUUGCUUCACCAUGAACGCUUGCAGCCAGGCCUGUGCAGUCUGCCAGGGCAAAGAGAUAAAGCAACACCACACAGAUUAAAACAAAAUACGAUGAUUCUGUCUCUAGAUUCACCCUGCUGCUUCUGCCUUUUCCCUACUCCCCCCUGCCCCCUCUCCUUUGUAGUGCAUUUUUUCCUUUUCAUUAAUUUUUGGCUGCAUGUUUUAAUCACUGCAUAACAGAAAAUUCUAAGGCUGUUUUAUUUUAUAAAAAAAAUUAAAAAUAUAUAUAUAAGAUUCAAGUUCAAAGAGAAAACUGAUGCAUCAUACAAGUUUCCAAGUCUGAAAUCAUGGGCACAAGACCAUUGUACAUCAAUUUUGAGCUGUGUAAAAAAAAAAAAAAAAAAAGACAAAAAAAUCACCUAUAAA